GUCCACCUAACCAUGAUGAAGGCAUUGACAAUUCUGGCAGCGAAACACCGUCUUCUUCCAAAAACUCCGACAAUGCGCAAGUUUCUACCAUUGCUGUAAACAUUUCCAAUGAUGUUGGAAUUUCGUGGGACAAAAAAUUGACGAUCACGUGAAACAAAUUUUGCUUGAAAAUCCUUGGACUCCUCCAAAAAAUUAUACUUUCCCAUUUUCGUCGAGAGUUGUUUCUGGCAAAGAAAUAAAACACUACGUCUCUUCCAAACACUUGGAUUCUCAUGCAGAGUGGCUCGUACUAUCUGACGUGAGGAAAGGGCUUCUGCAAAUAUUGUCCAUGGUUUACGCCUCGAAAUCAAGAAGGUUAUCGGGGGAAUACUCCGCUUGGGGUACUUGUCACGCAGCCGUUGACUGAUUUCAAAAAUUUGGUUGGGAUGAAGAGUGUGUUAGAAAUUCAUUCUCAAAAUAUGUACCAUAAGAAUGCAAUGGCAACUGGGAAGGACUUCGUGAGAGACUAUCACAAUCCACAACGAAGCGUCCGUAAUCUUCUCGACGAAAACCAUCUUUCGCAAACGCAAGAGAACAGAAAACGACUUAUUCCCAUUGUGAAAACGGUCAUUUUUUGCGAAAAGCAGAAUAUUCCACUUCGUGGGCAUAAAGAUGACGGAGAUAUUCGGAAAAAUAAAACGCCUGUGCAAAACGAAGGGAAUUUCAGGGCUUUGCUGAGAUUCAGAAUCUAUGCAGGUGACACAACUCUGGAGCAUCACCUUGGGAGCACAUCUUCAAGAGCAACCUAUACCAGUAAAACGAUUCAGAACCAACUAAUUGAAUGCUGCAGGGCAGAGAUACUGGACAAAAUGUUGCAACGAGUGGCUCGUGCUGAGUUCUACACGAUUGUUUUCGAUGAAUCUCCAGAUCUGUCGGGAAAAGCUCAGAUUAGCGUUGUACUCAGAUACGUCGAAUUUUCUCCUGGUGAAGCAUGCAUACGAGAAGACUUUGUAUCUUUUUUGGACGCAUUCGGUCAACUUUCGAAGAAUACUCUCGCGGAGGGCACAGAAUCAGAAGAAAGCGAGGAUGAAGAUGGAUCAAUGGCUUACAGGACUGCUGGAAAAAAUGAUCGAACCGAUGAAGAAUUGUCUCUAACUGGAUCUGCCAUCGGGGGGAUUGUUCUUGGAGACAUGAAGAAAAUGAAUCUCCGAAUGGAGAAAUGCGCUUCGAUAGGGACUGAUGGAUGUGCGGUCAUGCUGUCAGAUAUCGGAGCAGUCAACUGAAGGCAACGAAAUUCCAACUUCUGCACUGGAAACACUAAGAAAAUGUGAUGUCGACAUAUUCCCAACAAUCCACACCUAUCUCCGAGUAUUCUGUACACUUCCCGUAACAAACGUGAGCUCUGAACGUUCUUUCUCUUAUCUUCGCCGCAUCGAAACAUGGCUUAGGACGACCAUGCUUCAAGAAAGACUAGUUGGAUUAGCGUUGCUUUAUACGCAUCAUAACAUCGAAAUCACCGCCGAAGAAGUCAUCGAAAGAUUCGCAAAACUUGGCAGCCAUCGCUUUGCGUUAUGAAACACGCAAUGUAAAAGCAUUUUUCUGUUUGAAUUCCGAAUAAAAUGAGCCACUCUGUAAUGCAUGCAUAUGGUUGACUUUUC